AUGGGCCUGCCCUCCGAGGGUAUUUCAUUGCCUCAAUCAGCAUUCUCCAUACUCUGCCAUUCACGAAUUUCCAUCCUGAUGAUUGGCUUCACUUUUGCAUACGGGUCGAUGUUUGCCAAGGUAUGGAUAGUGCAUCGAAUGAGUGCCAGUGAAAAUCAACAACUUGCUAGCCGACAAAAGGACGAGUACAAACCAUUACUGAGCACUCAUGAGGACAAGGAGGAUGGUUCGCCAUGGGAAAGUAUACGAAUGCUGAUCGCAUCCGUUGUCGGACGUCAAGCGUAUGUGGCAGCAGCACUACGCAAAGUGUCCAGUAAUGCUUAUGGCACGUUAGCCGUCUCAAGACGUAUCAACACUCUCAAUCAGGUCACCCAUCACACGCCCAUAAACACUAGACCAAUCGUCGUCAGCGCCCAACGCUACAAAUAG